GCCUCGAAGUAUUCAUAUACCGCCAGCUCUUAAACACGGGAGGUGUUCCGUCGGAAGUAAAUCUCGAAGUAACUAAAACAUGAGAUAGAUUGGAAUACGAUAUGCCACCAUGGACGUCCGGACACUGAAGAACGAGCUGUUUCAACAACUCAAACCGUGCUGUAUUAAACUAAGUCAGCGCGCACUUAACGGUGAUGGCAGUGCAGCUAGCCUGAAAGAGCUUCUGGAAACGACCUUGGAGCUCCAUGGUUUGCUUGAAGAGAAAUGCCGCCGCAAGGAUGCCGUUUUCGAUGAGAAACUCGCAGACUACAUAUUCUUUCCCCUUUCGCAUGUUCUUCGAGCGUGUCAGAAGCGACCAGGUUGUUUGGCGGAAGCGGCUACAAAAUGCGUGCAGAUAUUGCUCAAAUACGGCUGGACAAAUAAUAUCGGUAUCGAACUUGGGCAACAGCUGUUAAUUCUGUUCACGCUCUUUGCUGGUGGUGGCGCAUCGUCGGAUCCUAUGCCAGAGGAGCUCAAGCUUGAGGCGUUCAAAGCACUUGCACUAUUAUUUGACGAUCUUCGUCGAACAUCUAAAGCUGCCACUUCAAUAGUCGAAGUGUCUGUUAUUCCCGCCCUUGGCCAGUGUUUGUCAACGAUAUUGGACGGGAUUACAGAAGGGCCAUCUCCAAAUAUCCAAAUCGAGGCACUAGAGGCAUUAAGGGCGCUAUGGAUGUGCAUAAAGGAUCGAGAUGCCCUUUCAACCUUCUUGCCAGGGACGGUCUCUGCAUUAACAAAGUGCUUGAUGCCAAACAAUCAAAAUCCGCGUUCUGUCAAAGUCCUCGUCAGCUCUUUACAAGUCCUUCAGAGCGUUAUUACCACUUCAAUAGGAGAUAUUCAUGUCAGGAGGCUACCGGAUGACACCGACGUGGCUUCGGGUUCGACGCCAACGACAACACUGGGUAAAUCAUGGCUGACUGCAACUUCCGCGCAGAUAAAGCUUGCUCUUACCAAUAUAAUCAAGCUACGCAGUCAUAAGAGUGAAGGAGUACGCCAUGAGCUCGAGCGAACAUGCCUAAUCCUGCUGGAUGAAUGCCACACAUCGUUAAAAGAUGCCGCAGCUUUGCUUGUGGAAACAUCUAUGAUCGUUGCAGCUCCCCAAGACGAAGGCGGUAAACCGUCACAGGUUACCGGCUUGAAGGAUCUCUCUAUUAUGUACCCAUCAAUCGGCGAAAUAAUCAAUGCAACUGUAUACAACUGGGAAACUAGCCUUCCGCGCAUUAUUCAGUCAUCCGAUGAUGCAGUCAAAGCAUCCGCCAUUCACCAGCUUUCCCAAGCCAGGACUCUCCUCGCUGUGGUUGAUGCCGAGUCCAAAGUUUUGGACAAUUCUAUAACGGAAUCUCUUAGAGAUAGUGUUAUAAACACGCUCGAUUCUUCGACACCUGAGGUCGCCAUCGAGGUGGUUCCUGUUAGCAAUGACAGGGGUGCCACUUUGCCUUUGACGGUUCAAACCCCAUAUACUGAGAACUACCCGCCUCUUAUCCUGGAACAUGAAAGCCAGGUGGAGACCCGAAAUCAGCUCAAUAAGCUGAUUGACAAUGUUGGGCCCCGGGAAGUCCAGCUUAAAAUGACGAGCAAGUUGCUCGAACAAAUGUUCAACGCCUCGGGGAACCCUCUCCUGGCCUUAUUUUGGUUAUCAUUCCAGCUGGUAAAGUCGGUGGUCUUGAAGACCGAGGAUUUUGACGAUCUUCUCACUUCCGAUGUUACUUCGUCAGAUGAGCAAGAAAUUGCGAGAGAGGAGCUCUACAAUUUUGCUGUCUCUAUUCUCUCGGAUUCAGAGAACGGCGGCAACGACUGGAGGCUUCUUGCGGUUGGCCUUGAAGUUGUUGCAUAUUCCUCACAUCAAGCAGGAGAGGGGUUUAGGGAAAACCUCGUCGACACAUUAUAUUCCGUUGUCCAGCUACUGGGUUCUGAUAACUCUCACCUCAGAUCCCAUGCUAUUACUUCACUCAAUAUAAUCGCAAAAUCCUGCGGUUACAGUCAAACGAGCGAACUCAUCGUUGACAACGUCGAUUAUCUUGUCAACGCCGUGUCCCUGAAACUCAAUACUUUCAACAUAUCUCCACAAGUUCCACAAGUUUUAGUUAUGAUGAUUCGACUUACCGGACCAACGCUAUUGCCAUACUUGGAUGAUGUGGUUGGCUCGAUAUUUGCAGCCUUAGACAACUUCCACGGCUAUUCGAAACUAGUCGACAGCCUCUUUUCUGUACUUGGUGAAAUCGUACAGGAAGGUGCAGGAUCAGGACAGUUACAGCUUACAUCAGGGACGACAAUAGAUCACCAGAAACGGAAACCGGCGCCGCCAGAUUUCAGUGACGUCCUCGAAAUCCUUCGAAAUAUGAAAUCCAAAUCUUCUGCAAUAGAAAUGGAGCAUGGGGACUUUCCAAGGGGUCCUUGGAAGACUGCCAAAACACUAUUAGAUGAAGCAGAAGCUACAGGCGAGGAGGAAGAGGGCGAAGAAUCCAAAGGGAGCCAGGAAGUUAAAAAGACUCCACCAACGAAAGUCUACACGAUGGUUGAAAGCAUCGCCCGCCUUUCCCAACACUACCUUACAAGUGGCUCCCCCUAUCUCCGUCUUCGACUACUCGACCUUAUCAGCACUGCAACUGGCGCGCUUCACAAUGACGAAGAUGCAUUUUUACCCCUGCUGAACGACAUUUGGCCUGUGGUUAUCAAACGUCUUUACGACCCGGAACCAUUCGUGGUGAUCGGCGCUGCCAAUGCCGUCAGCAAGAUCUUCGAGGCAUCCGGAGAUUUCAUGAGCACAAGGGUCCAGACUGAAUGGCCUGACCUCAUUAAACUAGUCCGGCAGUGGAUGAAGAAGGCAGAGGGAGAAAGGCGAGGCAAGCAUGGCAGAGGCACGCACGCUUUGAGUUGGCAGGUUUGGGAUGCUAUGGUUGGACUGGUUGUUGCUAUUUUGAAAUAUGUUUGCAUUAAUGACGGUAUGUUCGAUGAGGCUUUGAGCGUUUUGUCUGGCCGUCUGGAGAGAGAAGAUAUCAGAGAAGCCUUGGAGACUAUCAAUGCGGAAGCAGUGUGGCUAGUUGAUCUCGCACAAGACCGUAUUACAAGGAGGGAUGUUCCUGUAAUGGAGGGGUACGAAUUUGCCAGCUGGGAAACAUUAUAGACUAUGUGGUAACGGGGGUCUAUUGCUUGCCUCGGGUCCGAAUAAUACGGCUAAGAAUAUAACGAAUUUAAGUACGGAUUUAAGUCACUCUGCCUGCCC